GUCGAUGAAGCCAACGCUCACUGUCUACGAAAAAAUAUUGCACUGAGCCCUCGCGAAAGGAUGACGCGAGGGAGGUUUGGUUUAAUCCGCACACACUGUACGUGAGAUGAAAGUAAACUGAUGAGAGUCCUGUCUUGAAGCCUACCACCGGCAUUCAAACACCGAAUGGAAACGUGAAGAGUCUUUUGAAAUGUGGAAUUAGGGUUGCGAGUUUAGAAAACACGUAGGUUAAAUGUCCAUUGAUCAAAUGAGAGAACUGUUUCAGCGUGAUACAUGAGAAUUAAAAUUGUCGCAUCCUCAACGUUUUUUCUCGGUAUAUGGACAUUGCGCGCUUCACAGCUGACUGUGCCAUUGUGGGACAUUUUCCAACCCCAAAGGAAGGACACUGAAUUCAGCAGAUCCUUUAUUCAUUCAACACACUAGACACAUCAUGACUGAGACUUUCUACUGCUCAAGGAUAAUGUGAAGAUCAUUGUUGCGGAUAUCAACUAGAGUGCAGCCUGACUGAGAACAGUCUUAUUCAUUCCUGCCCUACAGCAGUAGACAUUUAGUCUGGACUUGCCAUCUCUUAGAAGUCCUAUGGGGAUGGGGAUGUGUUUGGAUAUAGGAUGCAUUUACAGCGGAAGUACUAAGGGGCAGUCAUGGUCCCUGACGUGGUGGCUGUUGGUCUUGAUGCCCAUCUCCCUAGCAAUGGGCCAAGGCCAGUCCCAGUCCCUCAACACCUUCCAGUCAGAGAGAAGGGAAUGGACCCUGAACCACCUGAUUGUGCACAAGACCACUGGCGCUCUCUAUGUUGGUGCUGUGAACCGGAUCUACAAGCUAUCUGCCAACCUGACCCUCCUCGUCUCCCAUGACACAGGACCUGAGUACGACAACAAGGCCUGCUACCCUCCUCUUAUAGUGCAGCCCUGCUCUGAGCCCCUGGCCUCCACUGACAACAUCAACAAACUGUUGCUCAUAGACUACUCCCACAACCGCCUGCUGGCCUGUGGCAGCCUCUACCAAGGCGUCUGUAAGCUAAUGCGACAGGACGACCUGUUUAUCCUGGUGGAGCCCACCCACAAGAAAGAGCACUACCUCUCCAGUGUCAACCAAACAGGCACCAUGUAUGGGGUCAUCGUACCCUCUUCGCAGGGCCAGGACGGCACCCUGUUCAUCGGCACGGCCGUGGGUGGGAAGCAGGACUACUUCCCUACCAUCUCCAGCCGUAAGCUGCCCCGUGACCCAGAGUCAUCUGCCAUGCUGGACUACGAGCUCCACACUGACUUUGUCUCCUCUCUCAUUAAGAUCCCCUCUGACACGCUGGCUCUGGUCCCGCGGUUUGACAUCUACUACAUCUACGGCUUCGCCAGCGGGAACUUUGUCUACUUCCUGACCGUGCAGCCAGAAACCCCCGAGAAUGGGAUGCCUGCUGGCAGUUCCCCAGGUGACCUGUUCUACACAAGCCGCAUCAUACGCCUCUGCAAAGGGGACAAGAAGUUCCACUCUUAUGUGUCUCUGCCAGUGGGCUGUGUACACAAGGGAAAGGAGUAUCGACUCCUACAGGGCGCCCACCUGUCCAAGGCAGGGAAAGUACUGGCCAGGUCCCUCAACAUCAGUGCCCAGGAUGACAUCCUCUUUGCUGUGUUCACCAAGGGCCAGAAGCAGUACCACGAGCCCCUGGACAACUCAGCCCUGUGUAUCUUUACAAUACAAGACAUUAACACCCGCAUCAAAGAGCGCCUUCAAUCCUGCUACCAGGGAGAGGGCAACCUGGAACUACAUUGGCUGCUGGGAAAGGAUGUGCAGUGCACCAAGGCGCCUGUGCCUAUCGAUGAUCACUUCUGUGGGCUGGACAUCAACCAGCCCCUGGGGGGCUCCCAGCUGGUAUCUGGCCUGACUGUGUACACUGAGACCAGGGACAGGCUGACCUCGGUCAUCUCUUACGUCUAUAACGGCUACAGCGUGGCCUUCCUCGGCACCAGGAGUGGCAGACUGAAGAAGAUCAGAGUGGAUGGGCCUCCUGCGGGCGGGGUGCUGUAUGAGACCCUGACCGUGAUGACAGAUGGCAGUCCUAUCCUCCGAGACAUGGCCUUCACUCAGGACCGCAACUCUCUCUACGUCAUGUCUGACAGUCUGGUGACCAAGGUCCCAGUGGAGGCAUGUGAGCAAUAUGGGACCUGCGGAGAGUGUUUGAGCUCUGAGGAUCCUCAUUGCGGCUGGUGUGUCUUGCUCAACAUGUGUGCCACAAGAGACCGGUGUCAGAGAGCAGAGGAGCCUUUCCGGUUCGCCACUGAUAUCGAACGUUGUGUGAAAAUUAUCGCUCACCCAGACAGCAUCGCCGUGUCAGCACACGGUGUGCCCCUCCUGUUGGAGGUGAGCAACGUGCCUGACCUCUCAGCUGGGAUCAGCUGUGCCUUUGGAGAGCAGGCGGAGAUGGAGGGUCAUGUCAACGGCAACAGAGUCAUGUGUCUGUCCCCGUCUGGCAAGGAGGUCCCACACAUACCUGAAGGACAAGACUGGUUGAGUGUGGAGCUGCGUCUGAACUCUAAGGAGACAGGUCAAAUGCUGGGCAGUACAGAGGUCAAGUUCUAUAACUGCAGCAUGCAUCACACGUGUCUGUCCUGUGUGAACAGUACCUUCCGCUGCCACUGGUGUAAAUACCGCAACCUGUGUACUCACAACCCCUCCAGCUGCUCCUUUCAGGAGGGCCGUGUCAAUGCCUCAGAGGACUGCCCCCAGCUGCUGCACUCUGGAGAGAUCCUGAUCCCAGCAGGGGAGGUGAGACCCAUCACCUUGAGGGCCCGGAACCUUCCCCAACCCCAGUCUGGCCAGCGGGGUUACGAGUGUGUGCUCCACGUCCAGGGAAACAACCACCUCGUCACCGCCCUGCGCUUUAACAGCUCCAGCGUGCAGUGUCAGAACAGCUCAUACAUCUAUGAGGGUGUAAGGAUCAGUGACCUGGCUGUGGACCUUUCUAUCGUUUGGAACGGCAAUUUCAUCAUCGACAAUCCCGAGAAGAUUAAAGUGCACCUGUAUAAGUGUGGUGCCCAGCGGGACAGUUGUGGCAUGUGUCUGAGGGCCGAGAGGAAGUUCCAGUGUGGCUGGUGCAGUGGAGAAGGCCGGUGCACCAUGAAGCAGCACUGCUCACCCAUCAGCCCCUACGCCAGCCGCUGGCUCAACCUGUCCGCCAGGAAUGUCAAGUGUACCAACCCACGCAUCACCGAGGUGAGCCCAGUGGCAGGGCCUCCAGAGGGGGGAACACUGGUCACCAUACAGGGAAUGAACCUGGGCCUGUCCUUCUCAGAACUGUUGGGGAACGUGGAGGUGGCAGGGGUACAUUGCACUCCACAGGAAGAGGGCUACAUCACUGCAGAACAGAUUGUGUGUGAGAUGGACUCUACAACCCAGGGAAGGGCACCUGGUCCAGUCCAACUGUGUGUUGGUGAAUGUAGACCAGAACUACGAACUCAGUCCUCCCAGCUCUACUCCUUUGUGACCUCUAACCUGGUGGGACUGACCCCUGGCCGAGGGCCUGAGUCUGGCGGCACUAAGGUCACCAUCAUGGGGGAGAACCUGGGUGCUGGGAGCAGAGUGAAUGUUACCUUUGGAAACCAGACCUGUGAGCUGUACAGACGGACCAUGUCGGAGAUCGUGUGUUUCUCGGCACCCUCUGUGACGGGCGCUGGCCUGGUGCAGGUCAGCCUCAUUGUGGAUCUGGCCAAGGUGCCAGGAAACCUGAGCUUUGAGUACAUUGAGGAUCCCACAGUCCAGCGCAUCGAGCCAGAGUGGAGCAUCACUAGUGGACACACUACCCUGAUGGUGACAGGGACCAACCUAGAUGUGGUGCAGGAGCCGAGGGUCAGGGUCAAGUAUGCCGGUCACGAGUCUGUCAACGUGUGUAAGGUGCUCAACACCACCACGAUAAGCUGCUUUGCUCCCUCCCUGAAGGCAGAGUACACACCGGAGCAGGAGUCAGUGAAACACGUGGAGGAGUUUGGUUUUGUCUUCAACAACGUGCAGGCCCUGCUCACCUACAACAGCACCAGUUUCAUCUACUACCCCAACCCUUACCUAGAGCCCUUCAGCUUGUCUGGGGUGCUAGAGCAGAAACCUGGCUCCCCCAUCAUACUCAAGGGGCGUAACCUGGUGCCCUCGACAUCUGGAGGGGCCAGGUUGAACUACACUGUGCUGAUCGGGGACACACCCUGCUCCCUCACCGUCUCUGACACACAGCUCCUCUGUGAGCCACCGAACCUCACAGGCCGGCACAAAGUCCUGGUCCAGGUGGGUGGUCUCCACAUCUCUCCUGGUGCAGUCCACAUCCGCUCAGACAGCCUGCUCACCCUCCCCGCCAUCUUCAGCAUCACGGCUGGAGGAGGCCUGCUGCUCAUCAUCGUCUUCAUCGUCCUAUUGGCCUACAGACGCAAGUCGCACGAGAAUGACCUCACUCUCAAACGCCUGCAGAUGCAGAUGGACAACCUGGAGUCGAGAGUGGCUCUGGAGUGCAAGGAAGCUUUCGCUGAGCUGCAGACUGACAUCAACGAGCUGACCAGUGACCUGGACAGGGCUGGGAUCCCCCACCUGGACUACCGCACCUAUACCAUGAGAGUCCUCUUCCCUGGCUUCGAUGACCAUCCUGUACUCAGGGAGCUGGAGGUGUCUGGGAGCGGGCAGCAGGGUGUGGAGAAGGCUCUGAAGCAGUUUGCCCAGCUGGUGAAUAACAAAGUGUUCCUGCUGACAUUUAUUCGUACUCUGGAACUCCAGCGCUCCUUCUCCAUGCGUGACCGCGGCUACGUGGCCUCGCUCAUCAUGACUGCGCUGCAGGGCCGUCUGGAGUACGCCACAGACGUGCUCAAACACCUCCUUUCUGACCUCAUCGAGCGCAACCUGGAGAGCAAGAACCACCCUAAACUACUGCUGCGCAGAACCGAGUCAGUUGCAGAGAAGAUGCUGACUAAUUGGUUUGCCUUCCUACUUCACAAAUUCCUUAAGGAGUGUGCAGGUGAGCCUCUCUUCAUGCUGUACUGUGCCAUCAAGCAGCAGAUGGAGAAGGGACCUAUAGACUGCAUCACCGGGGAGGCGCGCUACUCCCUCAGUGAAGACAAACUCAUCCGCCAGCAGAUUGACUACAAGACCCUGACUCUGAGCUGUGUGAACCCAGACAACGAGAACAGCCCUGAGUUCCCCGUCAAGGUGCUCAACUGUGACACCAUCACCCAGGUGAAGGAGAAAAUCCUGGAUGCUGUCUGUAGGAACAUGCACUUCUCCCAGAGGCCUCGGGCUGCGGACAUGGACCUGGAAUGGCGCCAGGGGAGGACGGCACGGGUGGUCCUGCAGGAUGAAGACAUCACCACUAAGAUUGAAGGAGACUGGAAGAGACUAAACACCCUCAUGCACUAUCAGGUGUCAGACCACUGUGUGGUAGCCCUGGUGCCCAAGCAGAUGUCCUCGUACAACCUGCCCUCCUCAGCCAGCUUCCCACGCAGCAUCAGUAGAUACGAUGUACCGUUCCGCUCCACCCCCACCAGUCCUGACAGCCCUCACUCCCGCGUGCCCAUGCUCACCCCGGACAUGGAGAGUGGGGUGAAGGUGUGGCACCUGGUCAAGAACCACGACCAUGGGGACCAGAAGGAGGGUGAGCGCGGCUCUAAGAUGGUGUCCGAGAUAUACCUGACCAGGCUACUGGCUACUAAGGGUACACUGCAGAAGUUUGUGGAUGACCUAUUUGAGACGUUGUUCAGCACUGUGUGCCGGGGCAGUGCUCUUCCGCUCGCCAUCAAGUACAUGUUUGACUUCCUGGACGAGCAGGCUGACAAGCACGGCAUACAUGACAUGGAUGUUCGCCACACAUGGAAAAGCAACUGCCUGCCUCUGCGCUUCUGGGUGAACGUGAUCAAGAACCCGCAGUUUGUGUUUGACAUCCAUAAAAGCAGCAUCACAGACGCCUGUCUGUCUGUGGUGGCCCAGACCUUCAUGGACUCCUGCUCCACCUCAGAGCAUCGCCUGGGCAAGGACUCCCCCUCCACCAAGCUACUCUACGCCAAGGACAUCCCCAACUACAAGAGCUGGGUGGAGAGGUACUACGCGGAUAUAAACCGCCUACCUGCCAUCAGUGACCAGGACAUGAAUGCAUACCUGGCCGAGCAGGCCCGUCUUCACUCCAAUGAGUUCAAUGUGCUGUGUGCCCUGCACGAGAUGUAUGCCUACGUCAGCAAGUACAGCCAAGAGAUCAUUGAGGCCCUGGAGCAGGAGGAUCAGGCCCAGAAGCAGAGGCUGGCCUACAAAGUGGAGCAGAUCAUCGCAGCCAUGUCUGUGGAGAGCUGAGGCGGACGUGUGUACUCAGAGACACACAGACAGACAAGGCCCAGGACACAGGUCGCAUGCUACCAGCAGAGCAAGCAGCCCCACAAGCAGCAGGUGAAGGAAACUGAACAACAGAAUAAUUCAGCCCGAGUGCUCAACAAGGGAAGAGCACAGAUAUACAAGCAAAUUCACCAAGCACUGCUGUCAUCACUCUGUCGGCUGCAGUGGGGCCACAUGUGGAGGUGUAAUGGAUGUGCAGGCAACGAGAGACUACUAAACAGUACCACAAAAACGAAAUACAUGCAUAUCAUAGACUUGGACUUGGACUGACAUUUCCUUUUCAGUGGACAAGUCUAAUGUUGCAUCAUAAAGCCUUCAGGAAGCCUUUUGAAGGCUUCUUGAAGGUUUCAGUUAAUGAAUACUGCGAUUAGGUGACAUUAAAAUGUAAUCUCCAGAUCAUCCAAGGUAGCAAAAUAUUUUUGUUUGGUUACAGCCCUGCCAGACACUCAAUUUACCAGACACACUCUGAGCACUCUAUCAUAAAAACCCACACAAAGCUCUUAUUACAGGGUGGGGGGGUCAAUUGUAUUAUGGUGUACUUUGGGCUGGAUUCAAUCAAAUCUGCCUUAGCAAUGUUUACACAGUAACUCUGCCUACUGCCUGUGCAAACAUGUGCCUAAAUCUGGGAACUGGAUGCAGUGUGAGGGGAGGUAAUCUGGUGCCCAAAACCUUCUAUGAGUCUAUUUGAAUUUAUUUAUGCUGUUGUGUAAAUACUGCAGUUCAGAUUUAAUUGAAUUAAGCCAUCAGAAUUCAGUACAUUUGUAAAGAGAACAAAUCUGAAUAGAAAACCAUUCCAAAUAUACCCCUUAUUUAUAAUGAUCACUUCAGCCUGUGGACCCUUGCUCUUAGUCCUAAAAGUCUGUCAUGUUUCAUACAAUGUAAAAUGCCCUGUAGCCAAAGUAGAAAAGUUUAACAAGGUGGUCUUAAGUUAUUAAGGCACUCUGGGGAUGACAGAAAUGAGGGAAGUGGGUUUCUAGACCAUUUAUUUAACCAACUGUAUAUUAGCAGUGACCCAAAGUAGCCAAUGGAGCUUUGGGAAUCAUUCCUUAGAGCUGGAAGAUUAAUGACACUUCCUGUGGGUCAGAUCAGUUUCCUCCUGGUUUAUGAGACCUCUCAGCCAUCAGUCAAUGUUUACAUUGAACAUGAUACUUGAAUUUCAGUAGAUCAUUGUGUUAUACUUUCAGAGAAUCCUCAGGUUUCUACAUAGCAUACUUUCAAAGGUAGAAACUCAAGAUUCCUGUUCUAUCAAGUAGACUGUACCUUUCUUUUAAGUAUGUCCCAUUAACGUUUUUAAAAGAUGAGGUCAAGAUGAGAGAAUAGCCUUUUAAAUGGUUUGAUUUGAACAUAUUCAAAUGACAUUCUUUUUGCUGCUGCAUUCACUGUGUCAUCUUAAAGAUUAUCAUUAUAAAACUGGACUCUCCAUAGGAUUGCUUUAAUUCAGGGUUUCUGUUUGAUAUGUUUAUCUGCACUGAAAUCAUUCAUUACCCUCUUGAUGAUUUCUCCAUUAUUCUACAGUAAUUUUGACCAGUUACUUGUCCUGGGCCUGGUUUCCCAAAAGCAUAAUUCAUCGUUAGACCCUUCUUCGUAGGAAUAUUAUUACAUCUCCAAGCUGUUUCCCAAAACCAUCGUUAUUAACGUAGCACUCGGAAACAAUCGUAAUCUAAUGCCUGCCUCAGACAACUCGUAGAACAGCUAAGUCCGUCCUUAGAUGCUUUUUGCCUCCCGCGUCACAUUAUACACAGAGGAUCUCCACUAACAUCAGAAUCACAUGGUUUAUCCGUUUCUGUGGCCGUCGAUAACUUCAGAACAAAGCUGACUACAAAUACAAAGUUGCCAAUGUCUUUGCAAUUAAUACAAACAUGCGACGUAUAAAAAUAUGCUUCAAAUGAAAACU